AUGUCUGUCAUGAACGCGAGCUACGCCUCGCCCGUCGCGGACGCGGCCUUUGCAAAAAUCACUGCCAUCGCACCUGCUGGUGUGGUGCAGCGUCUGCUUGCUGGAGUCAACGCAUGGACUAUCGUCUUCACCCUGCUGAUUGGCGCUGUUCUCUACGAUCAGGCAUCAUACCUCUACCACAAGGGCUCAAUCGUGGGACCCAUGUUCAAGAUUCCCUUCAUUGGCCCUUUCCUCGAGUCUGUCAACCCUAGAUUCGAAAAGUACAACGCAAAGUGGCAGAGUGGCNCCCUGAGCUGUGUCUCUGUUUUCCACAAGUUUGUCGUGAUCGCCUCGACUCGCGACAUGGCCCGCAAGGUCUUCAAUUCCCCCACCUACGUCAAGCCCUGCGUCGUCGACAUUGCCUACAAACUUCUCCGUCCCACCAACUGGGUCUUCCUUGAUGGCAAGGCUCACGUCGACUACCGCAAGGGUCUCAACGGCCUCUUCACCCGCCAGGCUCUCGAGCUUUACUUGCCCGGUCAAGAGGAGGUCUAUGAUGCAUACUUUGCUCGCUUCCUCAAGGUCACCAAGGAUGCCGGCAACAAGCCCGUCGCAUUCAUGUCCGAGUUCAGAGAGCUUCUGUGCGCUGUUUCUUGCAGAACUUUUGUCGGACACUACAUCAGCGACGAGGCCAUCAAGAAGAUCGCCGACGACUACUACAUGAUCACUGCUGCUCUCGAGCUUGUCAACUUCCCCAUCAUCAUCCCCUUCACAAAGACUUGGUACGGCAAGAAGGCUGCCGACAUGGUUCUCGAAGAAUUCUCAAAAUGUGCCGCAAAGGCAAAGGUCCGCAUGAACGCUGGUGGCGAAAUCCGCAGCAUUCUCGAUGCCUGGGUCAAGCAAAUGAUCGAUUCCGAGACCUACCGCACCAAGCUGGCUAGCGGUGUCAAGAUGGACGAUUCCGAGAAGCCUGCCAUGCUUAUCCGCACUUUCACCGACUACGAAAUUGCUCAGACUCUUUUCACCUUCCUCUUCGCUUCCCAGGAUGCCACCAGCAGUGCCGCCACUUGGCUGUUCCAGAUUGUUGCCGACCGUCCCGAUGUCAUGGAGAAGCUGCGCGAGGAGAACAUGCGUGUCCGCAGGGGUGACAAGAACGCUCGUUUGACGAUGGAUAUGCUCGAAUCAAUGCCCUACACAAGAGCAGUCGUCAAGGAGCAGCUCCGUUACCGUCCUCCCGUACUCAUGGUUCCCUACCUCGUCAAGAAGGACUUCCCCGUUACCGAAACCUACACAGCCAAGAAGGGAUCAAUGAUCAUUCCCACGACAUAUCCUGCCCUUCACGAUCCUGUCGCAUACCCCGAGCCCGAGACUUUUGACCCUGAGAGAUGGAUUAGCGGCGAUGCCGAGAAGCACCCCAAGAACUGGCUCGUGUUCGGCACAGGACCUCACUACUGUCUUGGACAAACAUACGCCACACUCAACCUGAUGGCCAUGAUUGGCAAGGCAUGUGUUGAGAUGGACUGGAAGCACGAAGUUACGCCCUUGUCAGAGGAGAUUAAGAUUUUCGCCACGAUUNUUCCCCCAGGUGCGUAUCACUGA